AUGCUACGUCGACAAAUUGGUCUUGAUGCAGCAGUUAAUCCUGAUAAACAUGUACAAUCACAAUCAGCAUCGUCAUCAUCUUCAUCAAUCAAUUCAUCCAAACCAUCGAAAUUAUCAACAAUUAAUGGAUUUCGAAUGCUAUGCCGUUCGUCGUCAGCUGAUGCUGAAACUGCACCAAAACAAAAACAAAAAGCAAAACCAUUUACUUUAAAACAAGAAUUUAGUUUAUAUAUAUCCACAUCUACAAGUAUAUCUUCCAAAUAUUUUCAAACAUAUUGGGACGCAAAUAAAACUCGUCUUCCGACUUUAGCAUCUUAUGCACCGCGAUAUAAUUGA